UUGUUUUUUUUCGACAGAGCGCAGCAUCUUGCCGUCUCUUCGCCCUCUGACCAUCUCAGCUCAGCUGUCAUUACACGAAUGUUGUCAACCCUAGGGCUUCCGGAAUCAGACCGAGGGUUUCGUGGUUACCGUGGCAAUUGAACAGGUAACGUUAAGCAAGACCGCAGAGCCACAGGUACAUCGUUCAAAUUGAAGACAUUGUUUUAACACCACAGGUUGUUAGUUGUGGAAAAACUGGCUGGAGGCGAAGAUGGUCAGGGCUGGCGGUCUUUUGAAGUUUGCAGCGCUCAUCUUUGCAUUCCUCCUAGCAGUCUUUCUGGCUUUUCAGCUGCUAGAGAUCAACCUCGACUUCAAACUGAGCAGUGUGAUUUCAAGAUCUAUGCCAGUGAAUGAAGGCUCAGCAAAGCCAGUCAGGUACAAGUGUGGGCUGUCCAAGUCAUGUCCACUUGGACACUUUGCCUUCAAGAUGACGAGUGGCGCGGCCAGUGUGGUGGGGCCCAGAAUCUGUCUGGAGGACAAAUUACUAAUGAGCGGUGUGAAGAACAACGUGGGGAGAGGAAUCAACAUUGCCCUGGUUGAUGGGAGAACAGGGGACGCUAUUAAGACCGAGUUUUUUGAUAUGUGGGCAGGAGAUGUGGCUCCCUUCAUUAAAUUCCUGAAGGAAAUUGAUGAAGGGACAGUCGUGAUGAUGGCUUCAUUUGAUGAUCCCUCAACAAAACUCAAUGAUGAAGCCAGGAAGCUAAUUGCUGAUCUGGGUAGCUCAGCUGUCAGUAAUUUGGGCUUUCGCGAUAACUGGAUCUUUGUCGGAGGGAAAGGCAUCAAGACCAAGAGUCCGUUUGAGCAGCAUAUAAAGAACAGUGCAGACACUAACAAAUUUGAGGGAUGGCCCGAGGUGUUGGAGAUGGAAGGCUGCGUGCCUCAGAGGCAGGACUGAGAAGCGUCAUUUUUUACAGCUCUCAAGCAUGUUAUUUUACCGACCAGAACAAAAUCUCUCCAGAAGAUAUUCGAAGAAAAGAGAAGCCACUGUGCCCUGAGUAGGAAAGUUAAACUUGGACUUUCUCCCUCUCACUUCUUCUGUUUGGAUACCAUUAUGUAGAUGCCCAUUGGGGCUUGUUUGGAAGUAGUAGAGUAUACUGAUUAAAGGGGGCUUACCUACACUUUCCAUUGGUGAGCCCCACAGACUUAGCAGUGAUAGAGCAGUUGCUGAUGGGAAUGGAUGUCAUAGCCCAGAUUCUUUGGGGGGGCUAAGUUUCCAUUACCUGCUACCUGCCUUAAUCUCAUGAUCAAAUUCCUGGUUUUUAACCAACGUGAUUUUGUGAUUCCUUUUUUAUUCUUUCAGAGUUGCGUUUAUUUAAUAAUAAAAAAAAACUACUUCGUAUUAACAGGGUUUUGAAGAUACUUCUUUUACCAAAUUAUAACCAAAUGUACCAAAUUCACUGUGAAAUUUGUAAAUAUUUGUUUUUAGGGGAGGAUUUCAAAGAUCCUUAUUUAAUGAGCAUUGAAAUAAUUAUAUAAUUUCUUAAAAUAAAUGAUAUUGUUAGUGA